GCGCUUUUAUAGAUCCAAUUUGAAAGCUCUGCACCACCAUGCCUGAACACACAGGCCUGCAACAUAACGAAGAACGCCCCCAUAUCCUAAUAGUCGGCACAGCAGACUUUAACAACUCUUCACCUCUCAAUAACAAAAAUUUCACUUAUAACAUCCCUUCAAGCACUUGGUGGCCAUGGUGCGACUACUGGAAGGACCCCCAGAACAUCCUGUUCCAGCUCGCCAACAUGUGUUUCGUUGUGGCUUAUUCCUCCACCUGCUCCAAGAAAGGAGUUCUGUUCAUGCACUGUUGGCUCAUCCUGGGCUUGAUGCUGUUUUCGGCUUGGGCUUGGAACAUAAUUUGCGCCCCUGAUGUGUUCACAUGGAAUUUCGCUUUCAUGCUAAUGAACAUGGCGCAAGUGUUCCACAUUUUGUACCAACUGAGACCUGUUAAGUUCGAUCCGGAGCUGGAGGAGGCCUAUCAUGCACUGUUUGAACCGUUUAAACUUUCCAGGCUGCAGUUUAAGCGAAUGGUGAGCGCCGAAUUUGCUCAAAUUAUGUCGCUGCAUGCUGGGGAGGCCUACGCAGUGCAGAAUUUGACGAGAACGGAUCGCUUGGGGUUGCUGCUUUCAGGAAAAGUGAAUGUCUUGUCCGAUAACCAGUUUUUACACCCGAUUUUGCCGUGCGAGUUUUUGGAUUCGCCAGAAUUCGAAUCGAGCAGGAACACAGUCGAUGACAAGUUCAAAGUGUCGAUCGUGGCUGCGAGCACUUGUCGGUACCUAUACUGGCAAAGGUCUGCCCUUGAGUACCUUUUCGUCAAAGACACCUACGUGGCCACUGUUUUGACGACUCUAAUUGCUCGCGAUAUUGCCACAAAACUGUACGCUAUGAAUAAUAAAAUCGUCACAGCUAAGGGUUCACACCUCGAUAUAAGACUGCCAAGCAUUACGUCGUCUUUGACGUCGAGUGGAGAGUACAAGUCGCCAAUUCGUACCAAAAAGACUGAAGGGAUGUGUCCUUUGUCACCUGGUACUUUUUCGAAUGAUAGCAGAUACCGUUCGUAUGAAAAGUUUAAAGAGAACGGAACUUUGAAUCAAAAUUAUCUGAGCGAAAUGGAACCACUGACUGAGCUUCCUUCGAACGAUGAUCUCACGUCGAAUGAUGUGGAAAGCUGGCUGGAGACCAGCUCCAAGUAUCACAGCUGUGAAAUUGUAGAUAUGGACUGGAGACAGGUUGGGGUUUUAGAAAACAUGGAGGUUCCCUUGAUCCAGUCGAGGACGCACGUGUCCAACCGAGUCAUCAAAACAAACUUCAAAAAAACGAUGAAAAAUUUCACCUAUCUACCGGAGAACAGCACAACCUGGGGCGAACUUUACAACCUGACCAACACUUCCGACUACGAUUACGACUUCCAGACUUUGAACAACACAGGCCCGGAAUCGACUUCAUGGGCCCUUUGCAAGGAGUGGACUCCUGCACAACAUCCUCUGUUUCAGACAGCGAAUUUUUUCUUCGCUGCUGCGUUUCUAGUGCCUGGAAGUUUCAAGCAGAGCGUCCUCAUUGUCAGGGCCCUGCUCUCAAUCGGUUAUUUUUUCCUGACCCUUUGGGGCGGUGUGGAAGUGUGUGCCCCUGACAUCCUUCUCUGGAACUCCCUUCUUGUGGUCCUCAACCUCACGCAUACUGUCCUACUCGCCUGGAAGUUUCUCCCUCCAACUCUCACACUCGAACUCACAGAUUUGUACCUCAAAGUCUUCAAACCGUUGCGAGUGAGUCGCAAACACUUCAAGGAACUUGUGAGGGAAGCCACGGUGAUGACGCUCGAACGUGGCGACAUUUACGCCGUUGAGGAUGUCAGUCCGGCUGACGAAAGACUGUCAAUUUUGCUCAAGGGAAAGUUGCGUGUGACUUGCGAUGACACUCAUUUACAUUUUAUAAAUGUGCAUCAGUUCGUCGACUCCCCGGAGUGGGAAUCGAACCACGAACAAUCCGACGAUGUUUUCCAAGUGACCAUAACGGCCGAGGAGGAUAGUGUUUACUUGUGUUGGCCAAGGAUGAAGCUAGAACGGGUUUUAAGGCACAGACCGAUCCUUAAAGUUGUGCUAGACUCAAUUAUUGGGAAAGAUAUAACACAGAAACUUUACGCUUUGAAUGAACAUCUCACCGGAUUGAGUGAUGAAAGACAGAGGGGAAAAAGAGACGAAAUGUGGGCGAAAGCCCACAAUAGAAGUAUGUCAAUGGAUGCUGUCAAUACCGGAACCACCGGAUUAGUCCGGUCGCAAGCAUAUCGUAGCACACACCGGAAAAAUUCACUAACGUCAAACGUGGGUUCUCUGGGCAAGCUCCAGAACCAGUGCUGGGUUCCGCUCGUAGCGAACCAAUUCCCGGCUAAUUCUCCCUUCACUGCGAACAAAACCACUUCGCUGAAAAUUCCAGAGGUUCACAGUCGCUCGUUGCGUCGCAAAGAAAAGGACAAGGAAGUCAAAUUCGAAAACGCACCGAUUUAAAAUUGUUAUACCCAUGUUUGGUUUAUCAUUUGCACGUUUUUGCUUGUUCAAAAUCAUCAAAAAAUGUGACCACAAAAUUGUGCCUUUGGUGCGCAUUUAAGGAAGAAACGUUCCAACGGUUUUUAUUUCGAGCACGCAUUCAACCAAAUUAUCAGUGAAUUCCACUAUUUGCCUUCCAAUCAAAAAAUGAGUCAAAAAUUGUAACGUAGCGUUUUAACGGAGAUUUAACUACCGAUAGGGUUUGCUACGAAUGUUUUAUAAACCGCUGUAAUAUACUAUGAAUGUUAGCGAUAUUUAUAUGUGUACAUAUUUAUAUUUGUAUGUUUAUAUCUGUCGUGUUUAUAAGUUAUUUAAUAAAGUUGGUUAUAGCAAAAA